AUCUUUGUUUAUGCAUAUAAAUUAAACGUGUCUUCCCAAUUUUCAAUUGUGCUUUUCUAGUUAGCCAGCUAGCUAGGUCCAUAUCCAUUUAUGGAGGGACAAGAUCAUAACAACAACUACACUCGCCCUCUUCUCACACCGCCGCCGCUACAGGAUCACCACUUGGCCGCCGUAUUCACCACAGAAUCCCAUGACAUCCCUCCGAUCAGCAGCCUCAGAGUCUUCGGCAGGGAGUUUCUCCUCGAGUCCAAGAAGCUCUGGUACCUGGCCGGCCCUGCCAUCUUCACCUCUGUCUGCCAGUACUCACUCGGCGCCAUCACUCAGCUCUUCGCUGGCCACGUUGGCACCUUAGAGCUCGCUGCUGUCUCUGUCGAGAACUCCGUUAUCGCCGGCUUCUGCUUCGGCAUCAUGCCUGGAAAUGUGGUAUUUUAUGGCACUAAUUCUGUUCGCGGGAUAUCUCAAGAAUGCAGAAGUUUCAGUUGAUGCCUUAUCUAUCUGCAUGAACAUCUUGGGUUGGACCGUGAUGGUAUCCUUUGGAAUGAAUGCAGCAGUAAGUGUGAGGGUGUCAAAUGAACUAGGGGCAUCACACCCAAGAGCAGCGAAAUUCUCGCUAGUGGUAGCAGUGAUAACAUCGUUUGUGCUGGGUCUAGCAAUGUCACUGGUUCUUAUCAUGUUCAGGAAGCAAUACCCUUCCUUGUUCUCGAAUGAUUCAGCGGUGAAGGAACUGGUGAUGGAGCUGACACCAAUGUUGGCCUUUUGCAUCAUCAUCAACAAUGUGCAGCCUGUUCUUUCAGGUGUUGCCGUUGGGGCAGGGUGGCAGAGUCUUGUUGCCUAUGUCAACAUUGCUUGUUACUAUCUUUUUGGAGUUCCUCUUGGACUUAUUUUGGGAUAUGCGCUUGACUUUGGUGUCAUUGGGAUCUGGUCUGGGAUGCUCACGGGGACCAUUGUCCAAACUUGUGUUCUAUUCAUCAUAGUAUAUAGAACUGACUGGGACAAAGAGGCCUCCCUUGCAGAAGAUAGAAUAAAGAAGUGGGGUGGGCAUAAAGAUUCAAAACCCAAUGGUGUCGCAAAUAAUGAUCAGCAAACAUGAAAGUGUUGCAAAUUCUAGAACCAAGUUUUUUAUGUAUUUAAUUUCAUUUUGUCAAACUUGUGUUCAAGGGCCAACAUUAGCCCAGUUGUAUAAUUUAGAAGUGUUAUGCCUAGUUGCCUCGUAUGAUAGGAAUGCUAGAAAGUCAUCAAAAUUUAUUAUUUUUUAUCAUCAAAUGUGAUGGUCAAAAACAAUAAAUUUCGAUAAUCCUCUAGCACUUCUCUAUCUCCACCCCUCAAACAGGGGUGGCUGAGUCUCGGACGAUAGGGCUGUAGUGGAUGGGGUUGCUGCUGCUCAUCCUUUUCUUCCGUUCACCUGUUUCUUUCUCAACACUCAUCCCUUCUGAACUCUCUUUUAUGUCACAAUGCUACUUUGCCUUCCGGCUUGCAAUCUGCAAGAAAUUAAAGAAUCAAUUUAGAGGUUGUUGCUUCUGUUUUGGUAGUACUAGCUUUGUUGCACCCAAGUAUAGCGCUCCAUAUCCAGGUUGUGUUCCGGUUCCCCAUAUAAGUCGAAAAAAUCUAACCGAAGGUCUAAGUCAUCCAACUGGAGGCCAGGUUUCCAUGAAUUACAGUAGUGUUUGGUUAGUGGGUGUGUCUGCUUAAGACAGAGACACGCCCACACACAUCCUCUAUUUGGUUGUUUCUUCUCUCUUCAUGGCCUGCCAUCACUUCCUCUUCAUACUCUCCAGAUUGCAUCUCUGUCUUCUUCCUUCUUCUAAAUCUCCAGAUCUGCGAUUUGUAUCUCUGCCAUAUUGCAAUCAAACCUUUAUCAUCGACCAA